AUGUGCCUUCCCCCAUCCCUCUUUGUGCAGAGUGUGGUGUGUGGGAAAGAAGCGCAUUUCCGCCUGGCAGGGAAGGCGAGCAUCUCCAGCUACCAGACCGCGAAGCUGAACCUGGCGGCGGCGCAGAACGGCUUCGUGGACUCGGCAGCCGCACACAUGGGCGCCUUCAAGCUAAACCCGGGCGCCCACGAGCUGUCCCCGGGCCAAAGCUCGGCGUUCACGUCUCAGGGCCCCGGAGCCUACCCGGGCUCCGCCGCAGCUGCCGCCGCCGCCGCAGCACUCGGGCCCCACGCCGCGCACGUCGGCUCCUACUCCGGGCCGCCCUUCAACUCCACCCGGGACUUCCUGUUUCGCAGCCGCGGCUUCGGGGACUCGGCGCCGGGCGGCGGGCAGCACGGGCUGUUCGGGCCGGGAGCUGGCGGCCUGCACCACGCGCACUCGGAUGCGCAGGGCCACCUCCUCUUCCCCGGCCUCCCUGAGCAGCACGGGCCGCACGGUUCACAGAAUGUGCUCAACGGGCAGAUGCGCCUCGGGCUGCCGGGCGAAGUGUUCGGGCGGUCAGACCAGUACCGCCAGGUGGCCAGCCCGCGGACUGACCCCUACUCGGCGGCACAGCUCCACAACCAGUAUGGCCCCAUGAAUAUGAACAUGGGUAUGAACAUGGCAGCGGCCGCGGCCCACCACCACCACCACCACCACCACCCCGGUGCCUUUUUCCGCUACAUGCGGCAGCAAUGCAUCAAGCAGGAGCUCAUCUGCAAGUGGAUCGACCCCGAGCAGCUGAGCAAUCCCAAGAAGAGCUGCAACAAAACUUUCAGCACCAUGCACGAGCUGGUGACCCACGUCUCGGUGGAGCACGUCGGCGGCCCGGAGCAGAGCAACCACGUCUGCUUCUGGGAGGAGUGUCCGCGCGAGGGCAAGCCCUUCAAGGCGAAAUACAAACUGGUCAACCACAUCCGCGUGCACACGGGCGAGAAGCCCUUCCCCUGCCCUUUCCCGGGCUGCGGCAAGGUGUUCGCGCGCUCCGAGAACCUCAAGAUCCACAAAAGGACCCACACAGGCGAGAAGCCGUUCCAGUGUGAGUUUGAGGGCUGCGACCGGCGCUUCGCCAACAGCAGUGACAGGAAGAAGCACAUGCACGUCCACACCUCCGAUAAGCCCUAUCUGUGCAAGAUGUGCGACAAGUCCUACACGCACCCCAGCUCUCUGCGGAAGCACAUGAAGGUACCACCGGGGAGGCGGGCAGGAGGGCACCUCGGCCGGCCGCCUCGCCGGCUCCCGACCAGCCCGAACCACCUCGGCCGCGGCGGCGCCGUGGUUCCGCGGUGCAUACGGAGCGGAGGCUCGGGCAGCGCCGGCGCGGGCGGCGGCUCUGGCGGAGGCAGCAGCGGGGGCGGCGGCGCGGGCGGUGGGGGCGGCGGCAGCUCUGGCGGGGGCAGCGGGACGGCCGGGGGCCACAGUGGUCUGUCCUCCAACUUCAAUGAAUGGUACGUGUGAAGGGCCGGGGGCCGCUCUCCCUCUCCCAGUCCCCGCCCUGGCGCAGCAGCCCUCCACCACCCAGGGCAUCCUGUGAUUGUGAUGCUAAAAUUACGAAUCUGAUUUUUAUGAUGACAAAAAAUGAUUUUACCAGCAGGAGGAUUUUUCAAAGUUGUUGUUUGUUGUUGUUUUUUUUUUUUAAAAAAAUAAUCUAGGCAUGAAAAGCAAAAAUAUCCCUAACGGAGUCUCUGAAGCUGAAAAUAUAAAAUAAGGAAUAAAAAAAUUAAAAAAAAAAUAAAAACCCAUAAAAAUAUCGAACCAAACCCCCUCUCCUUCCCUCACGCCCGCUUGCCUUCUCACCGCACUCCCAGUCUCUGGCAAACUGUACAUAGCGGACUCCUUCCUUCUCCGAGGUGGUUUUAAUGGCUUCUUGGUGUAUAGAAGUUCGUCCAUUUGUAAUGCUCCGGAUUGCGUUCCUCCCUGCCUCUUCCUCCCUUCCCCAACGUGAUGGGCUUUUUCUUUUCUCUUUUUAGUUUACUCGGUUUUAUUUUUAAGUAACGUGGAAGAAAAUGGUUUCUUUUGUAUUGUGGUAUUGAAUAUUGUGUUCCUUUCAUGAGGCAACUUGAUUGUAAACUUCAUGCAACUAUAGACUGGAAAAAAACGAGCCGUGCCAAAGUCUCCCUCUUGUCUCUUCAGCAUACCGAUCCACACAGCACACACAUACACACCACCACCACCACCAACGCUGUGAAUGUAUUUUUCUGUUAGCUGGGUUUACCUGUGAUGUUUUAGUGCUUCUGCGAGUUCAAUUUGUUAGUUCCUGUAUGAAAGAUUGUGGGGUGGGGGGGGAAAUAAACGUCGUGCCGUUAGCUUUUUCCUUAAUAACACCCUUCCUUCUGUAAAUACCCGUUACCAUAUUUAUCCAUUUGUAAUUAAAUUAUGGUAUUAACUUGCUACAGAGGAAACAAUAUUUAUAAAGAAUGUUUCUUAACUAUAAAUAUGUACAAUUGUGGGCAUAAACUGUUUCAGAUUUUUUAUUUGAAGGUUUUAAGUGGUUUGAUCCUUUCUUGUGAUAUGUUUUGAAAGUAAUGC